UUUUCGUUUUUCAGUUUGUAAAAUCUGGAAUCACAUCACCAAGAAAAUAGUACUAUACUUCUUAACAUUUCUUUGUGUGACGGCUAGCUCAGUCUUAUUAAAAUUAUUAUAUUUCAUUUCAGAAAUAUGAUGGCAUCCAUAAGAACUUGAUAAUGAGCUGUCGCCAUGACAUGCGUCUUAAAUAUUUCGCGGUCGGUAAGCCUCCGCUACGGCAGGGCAACAGCUGAAAACAGUUGCGAAGUAGUCCGCGCCCCGGAAGGUCGUGGACCUGCGCGGGGUACCGGUGAAAGGUGGAUUGUGUUUAUAGCUUGUGUAUGAUUUUAGUGAUGAGUUUUUAACUCUGAGUUUAAACUGAAGCAUUGCAGUGACUGGUGGAGUCUGCAUGUUCCGUCCUGUUCAGCGGGUGUCCGAGCCUCGUGCCGCUCCGUUCGUGGCGUGUGAGCGGCCAUCGGCGUCCUCCGUCCGCCGCCGGCUGGGCCCGGGCGGCGCACCGAUGCGACCGAGCACAGAGCCGGCCGCCGGCCCCCGCGGCCGCCACUAGCUACCACCCAGUGACGCGCCGCUCGACAAAGUGUCGCACUUCGGCAUCGCCGCCUCCCGAUACUUUAGUGCCAGUGCCCAGUCGCGCAGCAUGCAGAAGCGCGACAGCAAGGAGAAGGCGUCGGCCGAGCCGACGGCGCGGCACUCCGCCUCGCGGCCGGCCGGCGCGGCGCGCACCAACGUGCACAGCACAGGCACGCGCCAGGCCGGCUCCGGCGGCUCCGGCGUGCUGAUGGUCGGACCCAACUUCCGCGUCGGCAAGAAGAUCGGGAGCGGCAACUUUGGCGAGCUGCGGCUCGGCAAGAACAUCUACAACAACGAGCACGUCGCUAUCAAACUGGAGCCCAUGAAGUCGAAGGCUCCUCAGCUUCACCUAGAGUACAGAUUCUACCGUCAACUGGGCACCCACGACGGUGUGCCCAAGGUGUACUACUUCGGGCCGUGCGGCAGAUACAACGCGCUGGUCAUGGAGCUGCUCGGACCCAGUCUCGAGGACUUGUUCGAUCUGUGCGAUCGCAAGUUCUCGCUUAAAACUGUGUUGUUGAUAGCUAUUCAAUUAUUACAUAGGAUAGAAUUCGUCCACUCCAAGCACCUUAUCUACCGGGACGUCAAGCCGGAGAACUUCCUCAUAGGGCGAAGCUCAAACCAAAAAGACAAAACAAUCCACAUCAUAGAUUUCGGCCUGGCGAAGGAGUAUAUCGACCCGGAGACAAACCGGCACAUACCGUACCGGGAGAACAAGAGCCUCACGGGCACCGCCCGCUACAUGAGCAUCAACACCCACCUCGGAAAAGAGCAGAGCCGGCGGGACGACCUUGAGGCUCUGGGCCACAUGUUCAUGUACUUCCUGCGUGGCAGCCUGCCCUGGCAGGGUCUCCAAGCAGAGACACUCAAGGAGCGCUACCAGAGGAUCGGAGACACCAAGCGGGCCACACCGGUCGAAGUCCUCUGCGAAAACUAUCCAGAGGAGAUGGCCACCUACCUGCGCUACGUGCGGCGGUUGGACUUUUUCGAGGUGCCCGACUACGACUACCUGAGGAAGCUGUUCCAGGACCUGUUCGACCGCAAGGGCUACGUGGCAGACGAGGAGUUCGACUGGACGGGACGCACGGCGUCAACACCAGUGAGCACGCUGCCGGCCAACACGGAGCCGAUCUUGUCUCCGAACCGAGAGCGGCACCUCACCACCAACAAGGGCGCUAAGACGACGGUGGCUGCGUGGCCCGACUCUCACCGGGCCUCCAGUAACAUGCUGGCCGGUAUGCUGACGCCGGCUGACCGGCACGGCUCCGUACAGGUGAUGAGUUCCACAAACGGUGAGCUGGGUGCCGAUGACCCAACGGCCGGCCAGAGCCAGACUCCGAUCGCCGUGCAGCCGGACGUUGACGUCGUCGACGAGACCAAGUACGUGUGUUGCUGCUUCUUCCGGCGGCGGAAGCGGAAGUCGCGCGGCCAGAAGUGACUGAUGUUGGUGCGAGGUCGGCGCCAGCAGGAGGCGGUCGCCAUUCUGCUGCCCUCCUCGCACUCAGCGUCGCGCGACUCGGCGCUCGACAAGUGACCGUCGGACCAGGGUCGCGCAGCGCACGCGGAGAGACUGUCAGGUGCGCGCCUGUCUGUGUGUAGAUGUGUGAGAGAGUUAGAACGACAGGAGUGAGAGAACAUAAGGACAACACGUGAGUGAGAAGAGGAAGACACGUGAGCGAGAGGAGCACGAGGACAACACACGAGUGAGAGGAGGCCGAGUGAGAGCGUCUGCGCGCGGGCGGACGGCGGCCGGCCAGCCCGCGCCGAGCAUCUGUACAUACGGCCGACUGACAGCUCACUGCUACCUGUGAUUUCGUUUCAUUUCUCUCGCGCCCAGUUCCAGCGGCUGUGCGGGACUGGCGGGCGGCGCGUCGGCCGAUAUUAUCGAUUGUUGCCUGCCACCGGGCGUGCCAUUGUAUUUGUACGUAUUCCUAGACGCGAGACAGUGAUUUUAUUUAAUUCUGAAUAAAGUGCAUACACUAAUUUUGUGGUCGGUCUAGCGGUCCGGUCGCGGGCGCUGUCAUCGUUUCACGUGGAGUCGGACCGCACCGUGUUCAGCCAUUGUGAUUCAGAUCCGAGCGCGGCGGCCGCCGGGCCAGCCGUUUUAUUCACUAUUAAAACAUUGUUACAUCGGCAUACUGUGUACAAAGGUGAUGAAUAUGACAUGGCUGUAAAA